AUGGAUCGACGCUACAGACGCGGGGGGUUCACAGAGAACGGGCUUUCGUAUUUCUUUGAGAAAUGCACACGGCUGGAGGGACUUCGUCUUGAUUGUCAGUCGAAUCUGACCGCCAUUCCCUCUUCCAUCGGCGGCCUUGCGUCACUCAAGAGCCUGCACAUCACUGACAGGAGGAGAAUCGCUCUCCUUCCAGAAGCUUUCACCUCGUUACAGGCUCUCACGCAUCUCGUGAUUGAAAUGCACGGCCUGGAUGAACUGCCGCAGGACUUCGGCAAUCUGAGGCUGCUCAAAUCGCUCAAUCUGAUCGGCUGCCAGUGUCUCGUUUCCAUUCCCGAUUCUUUGGGGCAGCUUACCAACCUGACGCAACUUUCCAUCAGUGACUCCACAAGGCUUCAGCUGCCCGAGUCCAUCUCCAACCUUACAUUGCUGCUGACAGUUGAAAUUUCCAACUGCCAAGACCUUUUACCGCUGCCUGAGAGGUUCGGGAAUCUGCCAGCGCUUGAAACCCUACGUCUGGAAAAUGUGUGGGGGAUCUCAAAUCUGCCCGCGAGUCUCGGGCAGCUGGCUUCUCUAACGGACCUUAUCCUCGACCGCCUAGCACUCCACCAUCUGCCUGACGGCGUCGCUCUCCUCCCACGCCUACGCACGCUCAAGCUAGACGUUGGCAUGGCCGUACAGCUGCAUCCCUCCGUAUACCUUGCCACCACACUCAAAGAGCUCACAAUCACAAAGUCUGAAACUUUACAUUCUCUGCCCGAAGAAUUCGGGCAGCUUACUGCCCUCGAGGCCCUGCGCCUAUUUGAGCUUUCGCGGCUCAGCAGCCUGCCCGCGUCGCUUGGCAACCUGACAAGCCUCAAGGAGCUGAAAAUAUCCUUCUGCAGGCUACUGACAGAGCUUCCAGACUCGUUGACUCUGCUUUCUUCCCUUGAGCUGCUGGAAAUCAGUUGCUGCCGCUACCUGACAGUGCUACCACAGGGCAUGGGGGAUGGUCUGUGUAGCCUGCGCAGACUGAUUCUGCUCGAACCCAGGGCUCUCACCCACCUCCCUCCAUCCUUCUCCAGCCUCUCCUCCCUCGAAACCCUACAAAUCUGUGGUGCACCCAGCUUACGAGGCGCGCUACCAAGCGAGUUCUCCCACAUGACAAGCCUCAAGGACCUCUCUCUCUCCUCCCUGCCACACCUGCCCGCCCUGCCCGCCUCCCUCCCUGCCAUCACCUGCACUCUCACCAGCCUCGUGGUCAUCAAUUGCACGCGAAUCGAGGCGCUGCCAGAGGAUAUCGGAUGGCUGGGAUCGCUUGAAUCACUCCAUCUCAGCGAACUGCCCAAUCUGAAGUCGCUCCCUAAGUCACUGUUUCAGCUGCAGCGGUUGAAGUCUCUAACAUUGUUUGGCUGCAGCGCGUUGGAGUCGCUGUUUGAGGAUGAGGACACGGGAAAUGCACUCACGGGAGCUGCACACACGGGGGAUGCACACACGGGGGAUGCACACACGGAGGAUGCACACACGGAGUAUGCACGCAUGGAGGAUGCACACACGGAGGAUGCACACACGGAGGAUGCACACAUGGAGGAUGCACACACGGAGGAUGCACACACGGGAGCUGCCGGGCAUGACCUUGCGGGGAGAAUCACUCUCCUCGAGGUACCCGGUCACACGGGUAGCAGCAGUGCUGCUGGCAGCUGUGAGGGAUCCGAGGAGGGUGACACGGGUGUGUGGCUUCCAUCCCUCGAGGUCCUUCGGCUUGUGAAUCUUCCCCUGCAGCAGCUCGGUCCAUCCCUGGGCUCCUUUUCAUCGCUAACCAGGCUGGAAAUCAGCGGUUUGCAUCGGCUUCGCUCGCUCCCAGAGUCCAUCUCUCGCCUCUCUCGCUUGCAGUCACUCACGAUCAGUUCUGCCGACAGCCUGCUUGCCCUGCCAGAGACAAUAGGGAAACUCUCAGCACUCACAUCCCUCUACCUUACCGAUGCCAUGAGCUUGACUGCUCUGCCCGAGUCAUUCGGGCAGCUGAAGAAGCUUCAGUCUUUUUCUAUUGACAGCAGCCCGGGCUUAACCAGGCUUCCCGAGUCCUUCCCUGAUCUCUGCAGACUGGAGUCGUGUUAUUUGUGCGAGGUCUCUUCACAGCUCUACCUUCCCCCCAAUCUCCUCCUCCUCACUGUCUUCCGCUCUACCCUCUCCUGCAACGACAUGUCAGCAGCCAACUUCGCUGACUUCGUUACCAACGCACCAGGUGGUGCUGAGCUGGCAUUUCUUGAUGCCACGCUGUCAGGCGCCCUUGAUGAGCUGGCAUCCGACCGGGGCUUCAGAGCAAAACCCUGGCAGGCAGGUUCUGUAAGAUCUUCACGGACAGCCGUUCAAAAGAAUUCCGCUGCUGGGGCUUUGCAAGCUAAAUGUGCCUUUAAAGGGGGCAAGCCAGAGGGUGGAGACGGUACAGCGAACCUGGACGAGGGAGAGCGUGCAGUGGGUGGCUCGGAGGAGGAAGAUGAAUGGGAAGUGCGGAUGGGGGAGGAGGAUGAAGGGAGCGAAGGGGAGGAAUGA